GCACCCUUCCCUCUCUCUCUCUACACAACGCCACUUUACUUUACCUUUACCUCACCAGAAAGCGAGCCCAAGAACUGUGGUCUUUCUCUCUCUCCAUGAAUGACGCGUUUUAAUGGAGGCUCUGGCUUUUCACCUCGCGUUUGAUCCUCCAUUCUCGCGGCCGUCGCAGUCCUCUUGCGACCCCCCUCACGACAGAUUCAUGUUCUCCCUCCUCUACUCCGCCUUCUUCACUCUCUCCCUCCUCUCCUUCUUCUUCGUCUCCUUCUCCUUGUUCAAGAAGCUCCACGAAACCCGCACCGAGAGCCCCAAGCAAGACGACCCAUCGACGCCCAUCAGCGAGAACGAUGAGGCCCGAGAGCCAGACCCCGACCCCGACCCGACCCAGUUGACCCAUUCGCUGCUCCUCGAGAUCUUGCCCUCCGAUUCCGCGAGCCUGUGCAGCGACGCGGACGAGUCGGUCUCCGGCUCGGAGCACUGUCCCGGGCCUACCCAGAUUGGGAAGAGGAAGAAGAAGCGGGCCAAGAAGAAGAGCAAGAGGUCGGAUGCGAAGGUCGCUGAGGAGGAGAGGGAGGAGAAGUCGGAUUCGGGUCGGCCUAUAUCGGAGAAGCCCGAAUUGAUUUGCCUGUACCCGUUUACUUCUUCUGGCAGUGCCACGCAGAGGAGGAUAAAGCAGCACUAUGAUGAGCUCGUCAAGUGCCAUGAGUCCAAAGGAUUGACCCUUGCUCAGGUCAGCCAGUUUGCAAAUUGCUUGGUUGAGGCUAGAAGUGAGCUACAACACAAGUCGGAGGUUAUACAGCGCAGGUUUACAAUAGCAAAAGCCCUGCUUUUUAAGGCAGAUAGAUCCUCCUUUGAUCGACUUCGUCAGCAGAUAUACAAGUUAGAGUUGGAACAGAAGAGACUUGAAGAAGACGCAUUUGUUUAUAACUGGCUCCAACAGCAGCUCAAACUCUCGCCAGCCUACAAGAAGAUGCUUGAAGUUGGUGCCUGCAUGGAGUUGAAGGCUAAAUCUGGUGAACUGAUGGAAGCUGAAGAUUCGGAUGUCCCGGAUAUUUCAUUUGAAGAGCUACUAGCGCAAGAAAAGAAAGAUUCUUUUUGGCAGAAAACGAAGAAAUCAAAAUCAGGCUCAAACUAAUUAAAACGCUUCCUUUGCUAACCAAGUACAGAGAGUAGCGCCUCUUCUGUGUAUAUUCCUUGGAUUCGCACUUCGUCAAGGCCACAUAUGGUUUCUGAUGCCAUGCUUCAGGGCGUGAGGCGUGAACACUUAGCUUGUUCUGACCAACUUCAAUGUUGGCAUGGAGAUAUGGAUGCGAGUCCGAGUGAGUUUGGGGAAGGAGAAAUGCGGGUGAUCUUCUGACGUUGUCGAAGCCUUUUGCUGACUAGGGGUACAUUUGAAUCUGAAGCCUGUCCGAUUAACGAGUGAUAGGGCAAUUGCGGGUAGGCGAUCCGAGUUUUGGUCAUCGCUUCUCUCUGUGAAUGUUUUUUAGUUAGAGUUGAUCUUGCAAUGUCGAUGUGUAUGCAGCAAUGGAAUAGAAUUUGGUUUAGGAUUCUGAACUCGUGAGAAAACAAAACUUUCCUGUCUCUCGUUGGCCCAAAGACAAGCGAAACUUUGCUCAAUGGCCUUAAAGAACAUAGAAAAAGCACAAGUUUUGUUUUGGAAUAUA